UUCAAAGAUUUUGAGGAUUUUUAAAGAAUUGGACAUACCUACGUAAUAAGAUAAUCAGAUGAAGUCGUACUCGAGAACUCAGUGAAAAUAUUAUUACAGACGUAAAGCUCAGCAAUGGCUAAGAUUGAGAGUUACGUGUUCUUCGAUAUAGAAACGACAGGGCUACCUUAUCAAGAGAAGAAUCAAACGAAAAUAACUGAACUAAGUUUCGUUGUAGCCUCACAGAAAGAUAUUAUUGCUACACCACAUGGUACUUUGCCGCCGGUCAGUAAGCUUACCUUAGUUUUCAAUCCUGAGCGUCCCAUUCAUGUUGAAGCAGUAAAAUUGAAUGGCCUGUCCAAUGAUUUACUCCAGCAUGCUCCAGUAUUUAAACAGAAAACUGGUACAAUAGUCACAUUCUUGAAGCAACUUACAAAACCUGUAUGUCUGGUUGCACACAAUGGGAAUCGUUUUGAUUUUAAAAUACUUCUGACUGAAUUCUGUGAUGCAAAUAUGUUUUUGCCAGACGAUUUAUUGUGUGUAGACUCCUUGACAGGUUUUCGGAAGAUUCUGGCAAUGGAGAAGGUGACUAAAGCACUAGUGCCUAAACCUCCGCCAAUUGAGCUAGGUUUAGAUUUGUUAACAGAUGAUGAAGAUGAAUGGCCCCAACUGAAUGUAAGCACUGAAGAAUGGAAAGAUAUUGAUGAAAUAUGUGACAGCUUGUCUGAUAUUUCAUGUGAAGAUAUAACUGAAGUUAAGAAAAAGACUCAAUAUGGAGUGAAAAAGCCAAACAGGAGUAAAGUCAUAGAUAAAGUUUUUAGUAAGACUAAUAAUGGUAAAACAUAUAAUUACUCAUUGAGUUCUCUUUACCAAAGACUGUUGAAUAAGGAACAACAUUCUCAUCAUAGAGCAGAAGGUGAUUGCUGUAUGCUUUUGGAAUGUGUGAUCGCCUGUAAGGAUGCCUUUAUCCCUUGGGCUGAUGAUUCAUGUAGAAAAUUAUCAGAGAUUGAACCUCUCAUACGCAAGUAUUGACUGAUUUUUUAUUGACUGAUUGAUUAUUUCCAUUUAAAUUAUGCAUCAUUUUAUAUUUUUACCCUAAUAUUUUGUGUUAUUUCUAUUCAUCAUUACUUUUGUAAUCUGUUAUAUUUUAAAUGCGACAGAAACUUAGUUCUUAAUUAUGUCUAAUGUGCCUUUAUUAAUAUUAUAGAUAUUUAUUUAAUUUAAGAAAAAUAUAAUACCCUAUUUGGUAGGUAUUGGUGCUUUUAUUACCUAGUGUAAGAAAAUAAUAGUAUUUACAAAACAUUGACAUUGUAAUUCUUUUUCAUUAUGUUUUCAAUUAUUGUAAGCUUUGAUUAUGUGAUAUUAAAUACAAAAAUU